AGAAGAAGCGCAGGGACGGGAAGCGGCUUCGGUUUUGUCGCGUAAAUAAAGCGAGUGGUCCUUUUGAUUCAGUGUUUUUCAGCUAAAAGUUAUCAUUAGGAGUGCGGGAGUAUGGAAAACGGGGAAUGCCAUGUCCAAACAUCCACAGAGCCCAUUAGUGUCCAUGAUUUUUCCGAGAAGCUUCAGGAGCAGAUGGUGCAUUUCCAUGUGAUGAAACUCACCGGGGGUUUUCUCCUUUGGGUCGGCACCAGUCCUGUCCUUUCAAACCUGGCGGUUUCCAUGAACAGCAGAUUUGACUCCGUGCCUUUAUCUACGCUGGUUCUGGGAGAUUCAUCAGACACAACCCCAACUUCCCUCGCUCAGAGACUGACAAAGAAAACCAAGAAGCAGGUGUUUGUGAGUUAUAACCUUCCAGUGACAGCCAAUCUAAUGAUGUUAGUGGAGAACCGAAUAAAAAAGGAGAUGGAGCUCCAUCCUGACAAAUUUUAACUUUGAUGAUCUACACAAUUUAACAUUGUUUUGUAUAUACUGUAGUUAAGCUAAUAAAAGAUUGACGCAUC